AUGGCCGAUGAAGGAGCCGUCGCCGUCGCCGUCUGCGUGCGGGUUCGGCCGCUCAACAGCAGAGAAGAGGCGCUUGGAAAAGAUACUCAAGUUUACUGGAAAACUGACAAUAAUACAAUUUAUCAAGUUGAUGGGAGUAAAUCCUUCAAUUUUGAUCGUGUCUUUCAUAGUAAUGAAACUACUAAAAAUGUGUAUGAAGAAAUAGCAGUACCAAUCAUAGAUUCUGCCAUACAAGGCUACAAUGGUACUAUAUUUGCCUAUGGGCAGACUGCAUCAGGAAAAACAUAUACUAUGUUGGGGUCACAAGAUUAUUUGGGAGUAAUACCCAGGGCAAUUCAUGACAUUUUCCAAAAAAUUAAGAAGUUUCCUGAUAGGGAAUUUCUUUUACGUGUGUCUUACAUGGAGAUAUACAAUGAAACCAUUACAGACUUACUCUGUGACACUGAGAAAAUGAAGCCUUUAAUAAUUCGGGAAGACUUCAAUAGGAAUGUGUAUGUGGCUGAUCUCACAGAAGAAGUUGUUUAUACAUCAGAAAUGGCUUUGAAGUGGAUCACAAAAGGAGAGAAGAACAGGCAUUAUGGAAUUACAAAAAUGAAUCAAAGAAGUAGUCGUUCUCAUACCAUUUUUAGGAUGAUUUUGGAAAGUAGAGAGAAAGGUGAACCUAAUUUUGAAGGAUCUGUCAAGGUGUCCCAUUUGAAUUUGGUUGAUCUUGCUGGCAGUGAAAGAGCUGCUCAAACAGGUGCUGAAGGUUUGCGACUCAAAGAAGGCUGUAAUAUAAAUCGAAGCUUAUUUAUUUUGGGACAAGUGAUCAAGAAACUUAGUGAUGGACAAGUUGGUGGUUUCAUAAAUUAUCGAGAUAGCAAAUUAACACGAAUUCUCCAGAAUUCCUUGGGAGGAAAUGCAAAAACACGUAUUAUCUGCACAAUUACUCCAGUGUCUUUUGAUGAAACUCUUACUACUCUCCAGUUUGCCAGCACUGCUAAACAUAUGAAGAAUACUCCUUACGUUAACGAGGUAUCAAAUGAUGAAGCUCUCCUGAAAAGAUACAGAAAAGAAAUAAUGGAUCUUAAAAAGCAAUUAGAGGAGGUUUCUUUAGAGACUCGAGCCCAGGCAAUGGAAAAAGACCAAAUGGCACAACUUUUGGAAGAAAAAGAUUUACUUCAAAAAGUGCAGAUUGAGAAAAUUCAAAACUUAACACGGAUGCUGGUGACCUCUUCUUCCCUCACAUCACAACAGGAAUUAAAGGCUAAAAAAAAACGAAGAGUUACUUGGUGCCUUGGCAAAAUUAACAAAAUGAAGGACUCAAACUAUGUAAAUGAAUUCAGUAUGCCAGUGAAUGUAACAACAAAAACACAUAAGGCUGCUGUAACUUUAGGAGAAAUUGAUGAAUCUGUCUGUUCAGAGUCUGAUAUUUUCAGUAACACUCUUGAUACAUUAACUGAGAUAGAGUGGAAUCCAGCAACAAAGCUACUAAGUCAGGAAAACUUAGAAAGUGAAUUGAGUUCACUUCGUGCAAACUAUGAUAAUCUGGUGUUAGACUAUGAACAACUAAGAAGAGAAAAUGAAGAAAUGGAAUUGAAAUUAAAAGAAAAGAAUGAUUUGGAUGAAUUUGAGGCUCUAGAAAGAAAAGCAGAGAAAGAUCAAGAGGAUGUACUAAGUUCAAAAGUAGAGCUGCUUAGAGAAAAGGAAGACCAGAUUAAGAAGCUACAGAAAUACAUAGACUCUCAGAAGUCAGAAAGUAUGGAAAUGGACUUGCCAUACUCAUCGGAAAACACUGAAGACUUAAAACAAAUGAAACAGACUCUGCUUGAUGCUGAAACUGUAGCUCUUGAUGCCAAGAGAGAAUCAGCCUUUCUCAGAAGUGAAAAUCUAAAGGUGAAAGAAAAAAUGAAAGAACUUGCAAGUACAUGCAAGCAAAUGGAAAAUGAUAUUGAGUUAUAUCAAAGCCAGUUGGAGGCGAAAAAGAAAAUGCAAGUUGAUCUGGAGAAAGAAUUACAAUCUUCUUUUAAUGAAAUAACAAAACUCACCUCCCUUAUAGAUGGCAAAGUUCCAAAAGAUUUACUGUCUAACAUGGAAUUGGAAAGGAAAAUUACCCAUCUCCAGAAAGCACUGAAUAAGGAAGUCGAAGAAAAUGAAGCUUUGCACAAAGAAGUUAAUUUGCUCUCAGAACUGAAAUCUUUACCUUCAGAAGUAGAAAUGCUAAGGAAGGAGAUACAUGAUAAAUCUGAAGAGCUCUGUAUAAUAACAUCGGAAAAAGAUAAAUUGUUUUCUGAAGUAGCUCAUAAGGAAAGUAGAAUUCAAGAUUUACUUGAAGAAAUUGGGAAAACUAAAAAUGACCUAGCAACUUCCCAGUUGAAUUAUGAAAGCACUGAUCAAGAAUUCCAAGAUGUUAAAAAUCAUCAUAUUGAAUUUGAGCAAAAGUAUAAGAUGGUCCUUGAAGAGAAUGCAAAAUUGAAACAGGAAAUAGGAAAUCUCUCUAAAGAAGCUCAAGAACUUGGUUUAAAUUUGGAUGCUUUGAAGACAGAGCUCUCUCACAAAACCCAAGAACUUCAGCAGAAAACAACUGAGAAUCAAAAAAGGUUAAAAGAAGUGGAAGAACUGAAGGAACAAUUAGAAAGUAGAGAUUCUAGGCUUCACACUGUAGAAAAGGAGAAAACACUGCUUACCGAGAAACUUCAACAAACCUUAGUAGAAGUAAAAACCUUAACCCAAGAAAAGGAUGAUCAAAAACAACUCCAAGAGAGCCUGCAAAUUGAGAGGGACCAACUCAAAAGUGACAUUCAGGAUACUAUAAACAUGAAUAUAGACACCCAGGAACAACUACGAAAUGCUCUUGAGUCUUUGAAACAACACCAAGAAACGAUUAACACACUAAAAAUGAAAAUUUCUGAGGAAACUUCCAAGAAUUUGCAUAUAGAGGACAACUUAGGAGAAACUGAGGAUGAAUUUCAGGAGAAGAUGGUUGGCAUAGAUAAAAAACAAAAUUUGGAAGCCAAAAAAACCCAAGCACUGAUUGCAGAUGUUGAGGAUAAUGAGCUAAUUGAGCAACAGAGAAAGAUAUCUUCUUUAAUACAGGAGAAAAAUGAACUGCAACAAAUGUUAGAGAGUAUUACAGCAGAAAAGGAACAACUGAAGACUGACCUAAGGGAAAGCAUUGAAAUGACCAUUGAAAACCAGGAAGAAUUAAGAAUUCUUGGAAAUGAACUUAAAAAGCAACAAGAGAUAGUUGCACAAGAAAAGAGCCAUACCAUGAAGAAAGAAGAAGAGCUUUCUAGGACCUGUGAAAAACUGGCAGAAGUUGAAGAAAAGCUGAAGGAAAAGAGCCAACAACUCCAAGAAAAACAGCAACAACUUUUUAGUGUACAAGAAGAGAUGACCGAGAUUCAGAAAAAGAUGAAUGAAAUGGAAAAUUUAAAGAAUGAACUAAAGAACCAAGAAUUAACAUUGGAACGUAUAAAAAUUGAGAGGCUAGAGUUGGUUCAGAAACUUCAUGAAAAUUCUGAGGAAAUGAAAUUCAUAACCAAAGAAAGAAAUGAUCUAAAGGAAUUACAGGAGUCAUUUGAAAUAGAGAGAAAUAAGCUUAAAGGACACAUAAGAGAAAUUGAAGCUACAGGUCUAGAAACAAAGGAAGAACUAAAAGUGGCCCACAUGCUUCUAAAAGAGCACCAAGAAACUGUUGAAGAACUAAGAAGAAACAUUUGUGAGAAGACAGCUCAAAUAAUAAAUAUUCAGAAGAACUUAGAGAAAUCCAAUACUGAAUUGCAAGAAAAGGUCCCAGUGCUUCAUGAGGAACAGGAGCUACUUGCUAAUGUGAAAGAAGUCAGUGAUAUUCAGGAAACAAUGGAUGAACCAGAGCUAUUGAAAGAACAAUCCAAAACCAAGGAUUCAAAAAUACUGGCAAGUGCAGAAAUGGAAAGUCUCAGGUUGACUGAAAAACUUCAAGAAAGUCACGAAGAAAUAAAAUCUCUCACUAAGGAAAGAGACGAUCUUAAAAUGACAAAAGAAGCACUUCAGGUUGAAUGUGACCAACUGAAAGAAGAAAUUAGAGAAACUUUGACUAAAAUUCAAGCAUCUCAAGAGGAACAGUCCUUCCAUAUGAAAGAAAAAGACAAUGAGACUAAGAAAAUAAUGAGUGAGAUGGAGCAAUUGAAGGAGCAAUUCAAAGUCAAAGACUCAGCACUACUAAGACUAGAAAUGGAAAAGCUUGUGUGGUCUGAGAGACUUCAAGAAAGUCAUGAUGAAGUGAAAUCUAUAGCUAAGGAGAGAGAUGACCUACAGAGGCUACAAGAAGUUCUUCAAUCUGAAAGGAACCAACUCCAAGAAAACAUAAGAGAAAUGGCAGCUAAACACCUAGAAACCAAAGAGGAACUUGAAGUUGCUCAUUGUCGCCUAAAAGAACAGGAGGAAACUAUUGGUAAAUUGAGAGUGGAUCUUUCAGAGAGGGAAACUGAAAUAUCAAGCAUUCAACAGGAAUUAGAAACAACAAAUGAUGAAUUACAGAAAAAGACCCAAGAGCUUCAUGAGAAACAGAAACAAUUGAUUACCAUAAAAGAAAGCAGUGAAGCUCAGGAAAAAAUGAGUGAACUGGAACAGUUAAAGGAACAUCUCAAAGCCAGAGAUUCAUCACUACAAAGAAUAGAAGGCGAGAGGCUCAAGUUGACUGAGAAACUUCAGGCAAGUCAAGAAGAAAUAAAAACCAUAAUUAAGGAAAGAGAUGAUCUGGAAAGGGUGCAGGAAGUCCUUCAAAAGGAAAGAGACCAACUCAAAGAAAACAUUAAAGAAAUUGUAGCUGAAAUUCAAGAACUUCAAGAAGAAGAACAUCAACUUCUUAAGAUGAAAGAUGUCAGUGAGACUCAGGAAAAAAUAUGUGAAAUGGGAAACUUGAAGAAGCAACUUGAGGCCCAAAAGUCAACCCUGGAAAAUACAGAAUUGGAGAACAUAAGGUUAACUCAGAGACUCCAUGAAAAUCUUGAAGAAGUAAGAUCUGUUACAAAAGAAAGAGAUGACCUUAGGAGUGUGGAGGAGACUCUCAAAGUAGAGAUAGACCAGCUCAAGGAAAACCUAAGCGAAACCACAAUUAGAGACUUGGAAAAACAAGAGGAACUAAGAAUUGCCCAAAUGAAUCUGAAAGAGCACCAAGAAACCAUCGAUAAACUCAGAGGAAUUGUUUCAGAGAAGACAGAUGAAAUAUCAAAUAUUCAAAAGGCUUUAGAAAACACAAAUACUGCCUUAAAAGCACAGGACCUUGGAAAACAAGAGGAACUAAGAAUUGCUCACGUGCGUCUGAAAGAUCACCAGGAAAUUAUUGAUAAACUCAGAAGGAUUGUUUGUGAGAAGACAGAAGAAAUAUCAAAUAUGCAAAUGGAUUUAGAAAAUUCAAAUGCUAAAUUACAAGAAAAGGUCCAAGAACUUAAAGCAAAUGAACAUCAACUUUUUAAGUUAAAAGAAGAGGUUAGUGAGACACAGAAAAAAAUAUGUGGCCUAGAGCGACUGAAGAAAGAAUUCAAGGCCCAAAGUUUAACUCUGGAUAAAAUAGAAAUGGAGAACUUAAAUUUGGCUCAGAAACUUCAUGAAAACCUUGAAGAAAUGAAAUCUGUAAUGAAAGAAAGAGAUAACCUAAGGAGAGUAGAAGAGACUCUGAAACUGGAGAGAGACCUACUCAAGGCAGACCUGCAAGAAGCCAUAGCUAGAGAUCUGGAAACACAAGAGCAACUAAAAAUUGCCCAUAUGCAUUUGAAAGAACACCAAGAAACUAUUGAUAAAUUUAGAGAGAAAGUUUCAGAAAAGACACCUCAGAUUUCAAAUAUUCAGAAGGAUUUAAAUAAAUCAAAAGACGAAUUACUGAGAAAGCAGAAUCAACAGAACCACGGAGAGGUAGUAAAAUAUGAAAAAAAAUUACUUUGUGAUGGAAACCAACACCUUAUAGAAAGCCUGAGAGAAAAGUGCUUCAGGAUAAAAGAGCUUCUUAAGAGAUACUCAGAGAUGGAUAAUCAUUAUGAGUGCUUAAAUAGAUUGUCUCUUGACUUGAAGAAGGAAAUCGAAACACAAAAAGAGCUUUCAAUUAGAGUAAAAGCAAACCUCACACUUCCAUGUCCACAAAGCAAGCAAAUUCAAAAACUUCUCACUGCAAACCAAAGAUGUUCCAUGGAAUUUCAUAGAGUCAUGAAGAAACUUCAGUAUGUGUUAAGCCAUGUUACAAAGAUAAAGGAAGAACAACAUGAAUCCAUCAAUAAACUUGAAGUGGCUUUUAUUGAUGAAGUGGAAAAGCAAAAUGAACUGCUAAUUAAAAUACAGCACCUUCAACAAGAUUAUGAUGUACCGCCCAGAGAAUCAAGGGACCUCAAAUUGAGCCAGAGUAUGGAUCUGCAUAUUGAGGAAAUUCUCAAGGAUUUUUCAGAAAGUGAUUGCCAUAGCAUAGAGACUGAAUUUCAGCAAGUACUAAGUAAUAGAAAAGAAAUGACCCGGUUUUUGGAAGAGUGGUUGAAUGCUCAUUUUGAUAUAGAAAAGCUUAAAAAUGGCAUCCAGAAAGAAACUGAUAGUAUUUUUCAAGUGAAUAACUUCUAUAAUAACAAAAUAAUUGCUAUAAUGAAUGAAUCAACAGAAUUCGAAGAAAGAAAUGCCACCAUAGCCAAAGAAUGGGAACAUGAUCUGAAAUCAAUGAAAGAGAACAAUGAAAAACUGUUUAAAAACUACCAAACUUUGAAGAUCUCCCUGACCUCUGGUGCCCUUGUUAAUCCUACUACACAAGACAAUAAGAAUCUUCAUGUUACAUCAAGAACUACACAACAAGCCACAGAGAAAACUCAAGAGCUGGAAACGUCACUCCAUGAAGCCAAAGAAAGCGCUAUGCAUGAGGAAGGCAAGAUUAUAAAGAUGCAGAAAGAACUUGAGAUGGCUAAUGACAUAAUAGCAAAACUUCAAGGGCAAGUUAAUGAAUCAAAUGAUUGCCUUGAAAAAACAAAAGAAAUGAUCCAAAUACUUCAGGACAAAGUUGCUUUAGGAGCUAAGCCCUAUAAAGAAGAAAUUGAGGAGCUCAAAACGAAGCUGGUGAAAAUAGACCUAGAGAAGAUGAAAAACGCCAAGGAUUUUGAAAAGGAAAUCGCUUCGACAAAAGCCACCGUGGAAUAUCAAAAAGAAGUUAUAAGGCUAUUGAGAGAAAAUCUUAGAAGAAAUCAACAGGCCCAAGAUACCUCAAUGGUAUCAGAACAUGCUGAUCCUCAGCCUUCAAAUAAACCCUUCACCUGUGGGGGUGGCAGUGGCAUUGUACAAAGCACGAAAGCUCUUAUCCUGAAGAGUGAGUAUAUACGGCUGGAAAAGGAAGUUUCCAAGUUAAAGCAGCAAAAUGAACAGCUAAUAAAGCAAAAGAAUGAGCUGUUAAGCAAUAAUCAGCAUCUUUACAAUGAGGUCAAAACGUGGAAGGAGAGAACCCUUAAAAGAGAGGCUCACAAAGAAGUAACUUGUGAGAAUUCUCCAAAAUCUCCUAAAGUGACUGGAACAGCCUCUAAAAAGAGACAACAUAUGUCAUCUCAGUGCAAGGAAAGGAAUUUACAAGAUCCUGUGCCAAAGGAGUCGCCAAAGUCUUGGUUUUUUGAUAGCCGAUCAAAGUCUUUGCCAGUACCUUCUCCGGUUCACUAUUUUGAUAACUCAAGUUUAGGCCUUUGCCCAGUAGAACAAAUUGCUGGAGCAGAGACUGUGGAUCCCCAGCCAGGUCCUUGGCAUGCCUCCUCUGGAAAAGAUGUGCCCGAGUGCAAGACUCAGUAG